CCAGAGGGCGUUGCGGAUCCAUGCCGGUUCUAGUUGGAAUCACGAAGUAGCGUACACUUCAGCAAGUUUCAGGCGGCAUUUCGUGGGUUGAAUUCUCUUUCAGACCGAGGUUCCCCGGCUGCGUGAGUCUGGGAUCGAUGGUUCCGCCGCGGCUCACGGGCGCCCUGCGCUCCUUCUCCAACGUCAGCAAGCAGGAUGACUGCAUGGUGGAAGCCUACGAUCUGAAGGCCAAGCGGCUGAAGAGGCAGGAGCUGUUUUCCAAGGAAGGCCUGACCUGGAAGAAGGUUGUGCAGUUCUUCAACCAGCACCUGGAGAAGAGUGCGCAGCAGACCGCUUCUGGGGAGCUGAGGAAUGUCCUGCAGGCUGCCCAGCAGAUAGUGGGCGCGGACUUUGGUCAGGAGACCAUUGAGAGUGCUGCAGUCUUUCUCUUCAAGAUUUUCUACAAUAAGGACCAGGUGGGCCAUGAAGAAACCAGGGCCAUCAGGCAAAUGUUUGGCCCCUUCCCCUCCUCUGCAGCCGGAGCAUCCUGCGCAGCCAUUGGGGGGCUCGCGGCGCUUGUCGACGAGACCAAGCUGGAGACGUUUGUGUUGGCGCACAGCUCCAACGCCACCUCUGGCUGCAUUCCUUUUGGACGCAACAUCAGCUUCUGCUUUGACAGCUACGCCCUGGAUUACCUAGAAGGUCUGCCAUGGGACAGCCUGGAAGAAGACGACACCAGCUUGGACUUCGGCAAGUUCCUCACUAGCCAAGCACGGCAGAACGGGACUGUCGAUUGUGCCGUCGAAGGUGCCUCGGGCCACGGUGCCGCUCCUGCCGGUGCCGGGGCUGUCCUCCAACAGGAGGUGGAGCGCUUUCUGGCCCAGGGGCACAUGAGCCAGUCGAGCCCCGAGGAGCUCUGCUCAUCACUGUUCGAGAUGCUGGCGUCACAGAAGACGGACGACGAACUGCAGAAUGAGCUCUUUGAGCUGCUGGGCCCAGAGGGCUUCGAGAUGAUUGAGAAGCUGCUGCAGGGACGCCCUGGAAUUGUCAGCUCCCUCCUAUCUGCGCCCUCUGACCUAAAGUUCAGCCAGCUGGCAGAUGCGGUUCGUAGGGGGGGUACUGAGGGCAGCAAGCCGGCCUACGGGUGCCAGGUGACCAUCCAGUCGGAGCAGGAGAAGCAGAUGUUGAAGCUCUUCCGGCGGGAGGAGAAACGCGAGCGAAAGCGGGAGAGACGUGCUGAGGAGGGUGAUGCCUGCAGCUCCGACGCCUCCUUCCACUUUGACCCCAAGGAGCUACGGUUGCAGAGGGAACAGGCCCUCCUUUCAGCCUGCCGCUCGCCCGUGCUUGGCCGUGAGCGAGAGUACCAGCACGUCCGCUACCCACACGUGUAUGACUCCUACGCUGAGGCCACCAAGAUGUCUGCCUUCGUGGGAGGGGCUAAGAUGCUCUUGCCUGAGGGCAUCAAACGGGAGAACACCAAGAUGUUUGAGGAGGUGGUGAUCCCACCCACCGAAGCCAUGCCCAUCGGCUUCGAGGAGAAACCCAUCUACAUCUCCCAGCUAGAUGAGAUCGGCCAGCUGGUUUUUAAGGGGAUGAAGUGCCUGAAUCGCAUCCAGUCCAUCGUGUUUGAGACGGCGUAUAACACCAAUGAGAACCUGCUGGUCUGCGCCCCUACCGGUGCAGGCAAGACCAACAUCGCCAUGCUGACGGUGCUGCAUGAGGUCCGACAGCAUCUGCAGCCAGGGGGUGUCAUUCGCAGGGAUGAGUUCAAGAUUGUCUACGUGGCCCCCAUGAAGGCCUUGGCUGCUGAAAUGACGAAUUACUUCAGCAAGCGUCUGGAGCCGCUGGGCAUCGUUGUUAAGGAGCUAACCGGGGACAUGCAGCUGACCAAGGGGGAGAUCCUCCGUACUCAGAUGCUGGUGACGACCCCUGAGAAAUGGGACGUCGUGACCAGGAAGAGUGUGGGGGAUGUCGCGCUCUCCCAGAUUGUGCGACUGCUGAUCCUUGAUGAAGUGCAUCUUCUCCAUGAGGAUCGUGGGCCUGUGUUGGAGAGCCUGGUGGCCCGAACUCUACGCCAGGUGGAGUCCACACAGAGCAUGAUUCGCAUCCUGGGCCUCUCAGCUACGCUGCCCAACUACCUGGACGUGGCGUCGUUCCUGCACGUCAACCCCUAUAUCGGCCUUUUCUACUUUGACCAUCGCUUCCGCCCUGUGCCGCUGGGACAGAGCUUUGUGGGCGUCAAGACCACCAGCAAGAUACAGCAGCUGCAUGACAUGGAGGAAGUCUGCUACGACAAAGUCUUGGAGCAGAUUCGGGCCGGGCACCAGGUAAUGGUGUUUGUUCAUGCCCGCAACGCCACCGUAAGGACCGCCCAGAGCCUCAUCGAGAUGGCAAAGAACCAUGGAGAGUCGACAUUCUUCCUAGCAGAACAAGGCCCCGACUAUGGCCAGUGUGAGAAGCAGGUGCAGAGGUCCCGGAACAAGCAGCUCAGGGAGAUGUUCCCCGACGGGUUUGGGAUCCACCACGCUGGGAUGCUGCGUCAGGACAGGAAUCUGAUGGAAAGCAUGUUCUCCCGUGGAUACGUGAAGGUGCUGGUUUGCACCGCUACGCUGGCCUGGGGCGUCAAUCUGCCCGCCCAUGCCGUCAUCAUCAAGGGCACCCAGAUUUAUGACGCCAAGCGUGGCACUUUGGUGGAUUUGGGCAUCCUGGACGUGAUGCAGAUUUUUGGCCGUGCGGGACGGCCCCAAUUCGACAAAUUUGGCGAAGGCUCCAUCAUCACCACCCACGACAAACUGAGCCACUACCUCACCCUGUUGACCCAGCAGAACCCCAUAGAGAGCCAGUUCUUGGAGAGCCUUGCUGAUAACCUCAAUGCGGAGGUGGCUUUGGGGACAGUCACCAACGUUGAGGAGGCGGUGAAGUGGCUGAGCUACACCUACCUGUAUGUGCGCAUGAGAGCCAACCCGCUGGCCUACGGCAUCAACCACAAGGCUUACCAGAUGGACCCAGGACUGGAGGUGUAUCGGCGUGAGCUGGUGGUGGAGUCGGGCCGGAAGCUGGACAAGACCCGCAUGGUGCGCUUUGAGGAGCGAACGGGCUACUUCUCCUCCACGGAUCUGGGUCGAACUGCCAGCCACUUCUACAUCCGAUACAACACCAUCGAGACAUUUAAUGAGCUAUUCAACGCGCAAAAAACUGAGGCGGACAUCCUGAGCAUCGUUUCCAAAGCAGAGGAGUUUGAGCAGGUCAAGGUGCGUGAAGAGGAGCUGGAGGAACUCGAGCAGCUGCUGCACAAUUACUGCGAGGUGCCUGCGGCCGGCGGCGUGGAGAACAGCUACGGCAAGAUCAACAUCCUGCUGCAGACGUACAUCGGCCGUGGGGAGGUGGACAGCUUCUCCCUCAUCUCCGACCUGUCCUACGUAGCUCAGAACGCCGCCCGUAUCGUGCGGGCCCUGUUCGAGAUCGCCCUGCGUAAGCGCUGGCCCACCAUGACCUACCGCUUACUCACACUGUGCAAGGUGAUCGACAAGCGCCUCUGGGGCUGGGGCCACCCGCUGCGGCAGUUCCCCAUCCUGCCCGAGACUGUGCUUUCCAGGCUGGAGGAGAGGAGGCUGACCGUCGACAAGCUGAAGGACAUGAGGAAGGACGAGAUCGGCCACAUGUUGCAUCACGUGAACAUUGGGCUUAAGGUCAAACAGUGUGUCCACCAGAUCCCCUUCAUCCUGAUGGAGGCCAGCAUUCAGCCAAUCACACGGACUGUCCUGCGAGUCCGACUCACUGUCACCCCCGACUUCAGGUGGAGUGACCAGGUCCACGGUUCUGUGGGGGAACCCUGGUGGCUCUGGGUUGAGGAUCCAGUCAAUGAUCACAUAUAUCACUCCGAGUACUUCCUGCUUCAGAAGAAACAGGUGGUGGCGUCUGAACCGCAGAACCUGGUAUUCACUAUCCCGAUAUUCGAGCCCCUGCCGUCGCAGUACUACAUCCGCGCCGUGUCCGACCGCUGGCUGGGCGCCGAGGCCGUCUGCAUCAUCAACUUCCAGCAUCUCAUCCUGCCCGAGCGCCACCCGCCACACACUGAGCUGCUGGACCUGCAGCCGCUCCCGGUCAGUGCCCUGGGGAACCGGGAAUAUGAGAGCCUGUACAAGUUCACGCACUUCAACCCCAUUCAGACCCAGAUUUUCCACACACUCUACCACACCGACACCAAUGUCCUCCUGGGAGCUCCGACCGGCUCGGGCAAGACCAUCGCAGCAGAGAUGGCUAUUUUCCGCGUGUUCAACAAGUACCCAUCCUCAAAGGUGGUCUACAUUGCUCCGCUGAAGGCUCUGGUCCGAGAAAGAAUUACGGACUGGAAGUUGCGCAUAGAAGAGAAGCUCGGAAAGAAGGUGGUGGAGCUCACGGGCGAUGUGACACCUGACAUGCGGGCCAUCGCCCGUGCCGACCUGAUCGUGACCACCCCCGAGAAAUGGGAUGGGGUGAGCCGCAGCUGGCAGAACCGAAGCUACGUGCAGAAGGUGGUCCUCCUCAUCAUCGACGAGAUACACCUGUUGGGGGAGGACCGUGGCCCAGUUCUGGAGGUCAUCGUAUCUAGGACCAACUUCAUCUCAUCUCACACCUCCAGAAGCAUGCGAGUGGUGGGUCUGUCCACUGCCCUGGCCAAUGCCCGUGACCUAGCCGACUGGCUCGGUAUCAUGCAGGUAGGGCUCUUUAACUUUCGGCCCUCAGUGCGCCCAGUUCCGUUAGAGGUCCACAUCCACGGCUUCCCUGGCCAGCACUACUGCCCCCGCAUGGCCAGCAUGAACAAGCCAGUCUUCCAAGCGAUUCGCAGUCACUCUCCCGCCAAGCCCGUGCUGAUCUUCGUGUCGUCACGGCGACAGACGCGUCUCACGGCGCUGGACCUGAUCGCUUUCCUUGCCACCGAGGACGACCCCAAACAGUGGCUUCAUCAGGACGAGGGGGAGAUGACUGACAUCAUCGGCACGGUGCGCGAGUCCAACCUGAAGCUGACGCUGGCGUUUGGGAUCGGCUUGCACCACGCCGGCCUGCACGAGAGGGACAGGAAGACCGUGGAAGAGCUCUUUGUCAACUGCAAGAUCCAGGUGCUCAUCGCCACCAGCACACUAGCCUGGGGCGUCAAUUUCCCCGCCCACCUCGUCAUCGUCAAAGGGACAGAGUACUACGAUGCAAAGACCCGGCGCUAUGUGGACUACCCCAUCACCGACGUCCUUCAGAUGAUGGGCCGUGCAGGGCGGCCGCAGUUUGAUGACCAGGGCAAGGCUGUCAUUCUCGUUCAUGACAUCAAGAAGGAUUUCUACAAGAAGUUCCUCUACGAGCCUUUCCCUGUGGAGUCCAGUCUUUUGGGCGUCCUGUCAGAUCACUUGAAUGCUGAAAUAGCAUCAGGAACGAUUACCUCCAAGCAGGACGCCAUGGAUUACAUCACCUGGACGUACUUCUUCCGUCGUCUGGUCAUGAACCCCAGCUACUACAACUUGGAUGACAUCAGCCAUGAGUGCAUGAACAAGUUCCUGUCCAACCUGGUGGAGCGGAGCCUGCGUGACCUGGAGAGCUCCUACUGCAUAGAGAUACAGGAGGACAACCGCUCCAUCGAGCCCCAGACAUACGGCCGCAUCGCCUCCUACUACUACCUGAAGCACCAGACGGUCCGCAUGUUUAAGGAGACCCUGAAGGCGGAGAGCUCCAUGCAGGACCUGCUGCUCAUCCUCACUAAUGCGGAGGAGUAUGCGGAGCUGCCAGUCAGACACAAUGAGGACCAGCUGAACAGCGAGCUGGCUCAGCGGCUCCCCCUGGAGGUGAAUCCGCACUCCUACGACAGCCCUCACACCAAGACGCACCUGCUGCUGCAGGCCCACUUCAGCCGUAGCAGCCUGCCGUGCUCUGACUAUAACACCGACACCAAGACCGUGCUGGACAACGCCCUCCGCAUCUGCCAGGCCAUGCUGGAUGUGGCUGCCAACGAGGGCUGGCUGGUCGCAGCGCUUAGCAUCUGUAACCUGGUGCAGAUGCUUCUUCAGAGCAGGUGGCUGCAUGACUCGUCCCUGCUCACGCUGCCCCACAUCGAGCAGCAGCACUUAUACCUCUUCAGGAGGUGGGGCUCCGACCACGUGAAGGGAAAGGCCCCCGGCUUCCCCGGCCCCAUCGAGGGGCUGCCCGAGCUCAUGGCGGCGUGUGUGGGCCGGGAGAGCACCUUCGCCGCCAUCGUAGGCGAGGAGCUGCAGGCCAGCCAGAUCUCCCAGGCCUGGUCUUUCCUGAGUCAGCUGCCCGUGGUGGAGGUGAGGAUGAGCGUGAAAGGCUUGUGGGAGGAUUGCAGGGAGCGGACAGAGCGCCCCCUACCCACUACCACCUCCAACAUCCGGUCGGAGACGAGCUGGCUUCCUGUCCAUGCCGACCAGGAGUACGUCCUGCAGGUCAACCUGCGUCGCAUCAAUAUCGGCCAACAGAAGAGGAAGCAGGACAGCAAAGCCGCGGCCCCACGGUUUCCCAAGCCCAAGGAUGAGGGCUGGUUCCUGGUGCUGGGCGAGAUCGACAGGAGAGAGCUGCUCGCCAUUAAACGCGUGGGAUACGUACGCAACCAGUCUUCUGCCUCCAUUGCCUUCUUUACGCCCGAGAAGACCGGGAGGUGCAUCUACACCCUCUACCUGAUGAGCGACAGCUACCUGGGCCUGGAUCAGCAGUAUGACAUUUAUCUGAAUGUGAAGCCAGCCAGCGUUGCAGCUCAGGUGAACAGUGAAGUAUCCGAUGCCAUGAGCGACAUCACCCUGUAGCGGUCUGGCCGCUGGACACAGGGCGGCAAAGGGAUUCGACCCCCUGGCUUGUGGCCCCCAGUCCCACCCAAGCCAGGAGUUAAUCCACGUCUGCUCAGGCAUGUGUGUCUCUACCCAGCCCGCAUUUUCUCGGUGGGAAACUCGGCAAGAACCGCAGAUUGGAAAGUUUCAGUUGCAAUUGUCUUACUUGGCAUUUCAGGUUCCUAGAAGAACUCUCACGCUGUCUAGUCUGCCAGCGACUGAGUCAGCUGAACUGCCCCUGUAUGAGUUUUUGUUACGGGCAUGGUAUGGGCGUGAAAUGGGGGUUAAUGCCCAUGCAGUUAUGGGUGCCCAGAUUCUCUAUAGGUCCUUUUUUCCAUUGUUUUAAAUUUGCACAAUUUCUCUGAUUGAUCAGUCAAAACAAUGUAUGUUUAAUCUGCAAAGUUCAGAUGUUUAGUUUAUGACUGUACUUGCCCUUUCCCUUGUUUUCACACUGUGUACAAGUAUGUUUAACUAGCACUGUACAUAUAUGAAUUUUGAUCACUGUAAAGAUUGUAUCUGCGCAAGAAGCUACUCUUGCCUGGCCUGUUUACUUUCUUUGAAAAGAAAUGCAUUUUGGAAUGAAUUGUUGCAAAAUGUGGGUUUACUUGAAUUUAAGCAAUGUUUACAUAGUACUACUUAUGACUGUGUCAUUGGCGUCCCGGCCGCGGUAAUAAAGCAGCAGUGCAACCUGGUUUAGUGGGUAGGGGGUCGAGAUGGGGCUGACUGUACAGAGCACAGAAAAGCUGGAUGUGUUUAUUCAGUGCUGAGGUGAGGAAUGCUUUGCAGGUGCGUGAAACAUGCUUCUCUCUGGGGCUUCCAGUCCUCGGUGCCAAAGUGUGACAUCUGUUUUGAGAACUUUUCGCUCCAGCAGAGCAGCUGCCGUCUUCGAGACGCCAGCGAAUGCGCCACUCAAACGGCAGUAAUACCAAAAUAUUACUAAAUAUAGAAAAAGAACUUUAACGACGUGACAAUCUAGCAUAAUUAUACAAUAUCUUCACAUAAUUCCUUUCAAAGGACCACAAUUAAGAGAAUGCAAGCUUUAAUUGACCUCUCCUUUCCUGCUCAUUAUGCAUAAAAUCAUUUAGUUUUCAAACCAAAUGUACAUUUUUAGCAUUGUUUCUCAGAUCCUUUAAUUCAGUCUAGUGAUACAUGGGAUUAUUCUGAUUGUAAAGUGAAUGAUUCUUUUCCUUCUUCACAUCAACCUUCAAUCCACAGGCCUCAUUUGGGCUUCCAGUCUGCUCUGGUUUUCUUCCUCUAACCCAUCUGUAAACAACAAUAAAAAGGAAAAAAGCAAUGUUCAAAAAUAUGGGAAUGAUUACUUUUUGUUACCACUACCAGAGAAUACUUUGGAAAUUAUUUUAUUAUUAUUGCUGUUGUAGCUGUUGCUGCUGAUGAUGACAUAAUAAUAAUAAUAAUAUACAAACAAAAUUAAACACUAUUGGGAAAUUUGUUGUAACCUUG